AUGGUGUGGGAUAGACGCUGCUUUAUUGCAAAAGGGAAGCCAGCAGGAGUUCUAACUGGACACUUAGAAGGCAUAACAUUCCUCGACAGCCAUAGAGAUGGUCGGUAUUUUAUUUCAAAUGGUAAAGAUCAGACUAUCAAACUUUGGGAUAUUCGGAAAAUGGCCCCUAAUGCUAGCUAUUCAGGGAUCAGGAAUUAUGAAUGGGACUACAGGUGGAUGGACUACCCAUUUGAGGCAAGAGAUUUGAAGCAUCCCUGUGAUCAAUCAGUGGCCACAUAUAAAGGUCAUUCGGUUCUGCGCACUCUUAUUCGCUGCUACUUUUCUCCUGCAUAUAGGUGA